AUGGAGAUGGUGGUGAUCGGUUUACAGAACGCCGGGAAGACAUCCUUUAUAAAUGCGCUCGGCGGUGGGGCGUUCGAGGAGGACAUGAUCCCGACGGUUGGCUUUAACAUGCGAAAGCUCAGGUGCGGCGGCGUGAGCGUGAAGACGUGGGACGUCGGCGGACAGGAACGUUUUCGUGGGACGUGGGAGCGGUACUGUCGCGGUAUGAACUGCGUGGUAUUCAUGGUCGACGCGGCGGCGCCAGAGACGUUCGAGACGGCGAGGAACGAGUUACAUGGGUUGUUGAAGCGAGAGACGCUUCGCGGGAUACCGCUGUUGGUGUUGGGGAAUAAGAGCGAUCUCGGGGGGGCGGUGAAGGUGCAGGAGGUGGUCGAGGCCAUGGAGUUGAAGCGAGCGACAGGGCGGGAGGUGUGCUGCUACAAUGUGAGCUGCAAGAAUUCAACGAACAUUGAGACUUGCUUGAAAUGGUUGACACAGCACGCAAACUGA